AGGAGCUUGUAACUAUGCAGGUCUAGUUUUGAGUGUUUUUUUCUGGCUAAUCAGUUCUGUUUUAGCCUCAGAGCUGAAGUGGAAGGACAUUUAAUAAUGUUUGUGAGCGCUACAGUCUCUGAGCAACACAGACUGAAGACAUAGCCACUUUUUUAAUUUAGUGUGCGUUUUUCUUUCUUGAUUUUUCUCUGAAAAGCAUCCACGUGACACACUAUUGUAAAGAUGGCGUUUAUUAAAGAGGAGAGUGAAGACAUUAGGAUUGCAGAAGUAUUCAGCAUCAAACAUGAAGAGACUGAGGAACAAACAGAGUUGAUUGAAGAAAAUGAGCAGAAUGAAGAAUUGAGUGAAGUUGAAGAGAAAAAUCACUUCAAAACUGGAGAAAAACCUUUGAGUUUCUGUCAAAGAAAACGGGUAAUAUUAAAGAAAACAAGAGCCAAGAAAUCUUUCACCUGCACUCAGUGUGGAAAGAGUUUGACAUCCAAACAUAGUCUUGAGCUUCACAUGAGAGUUCAUACUGGAGAGAAACCGUUCACUUGUGAUCAGUGCGGGAAGAGUUUCACACAAUCAUCAAGCCUUAAGCAUCACAUGAACAUCCACACUGGAGAGAAACUGUACAUAUGUGAUCAGUGCGGGAAAACAUUUUUGUGCGCUUCAUACCUGACAACACACCUAAAAUUUCAUAUAAAGGAGAAGCCACAUUCAUGUCAUUUGUGUGGAAAGAGUUUUUCAUUACUACAACGUUUGAAAAUACAUCAGAAAACACAUACUGGUGUGAGAGAGUACAUGUGCUUUGAGUGUGAGAAGACUUUUACUUCAGCGGGCAGUUUAAAACAACAUGAGAGGAUUCACACGGGAGAGAAACCUUACAAGUGUUCACACUGUGAGAAGAGAUUCAUUCAGUCAGGAACACUGAAAGCACAUGAGAUGAUUCACACUGGAGAGAAACCUUAUAAGUGUUCACACUGUGAGAAGAGAUUCAUUCAUUCAGGAAUCCUGAAAACACAUGAGAGGAUCCACACUGGAGAGAAACCAUAUCACUGCACUGCAUGUGGGAAGCGUUUCAAUCAUUCAUCUAAUCUACACAGACAUACAAAAAAAUAUCACAGUAAGUAGAUCAUCUUCAGAUCUUUCAGGUCAUCACCAAAUGUGACACAAUAAUGCAUCAAGCAGUGAAAUAUCAUAUGGAUAAAUCUGUCAUUACAAGUGACAUGACAAAGAGACAUUAUCUGAAGUUUUCAGUGAAUAAAGUUCAUCUUCAUCUUCAUAACCAGCAGAUUCAACUGUGAGAUUCAGAUCAACUCAAAGAUAGAGUUCCUCCCCAAAGAUCAAUGUCAAAACGUUUUACUCUAGUAUGUUAUUUUGCUUCAUGAUAUAAAUGAUAUCAUUGUGCUUUCUUAUGAGUUUGAUAUUAUGUUCAAUUGUCUUAUAAUGCAUAUGUCACUUGUAGUGUGCUUACUCUUUUAUUAAGGAAAGUAGAAGUUUUUACAAACCGUUCUUGUUCAGGAAGCUGAAGAAGAGACUGUAACACUGUAGGAUCUAUGUCUCACAAUGGACCCACCUACAUGAUGGAGACACACAUCAAACCCUCACAUUCCAUUGAGACAAAUCGAAGAACUCCUAUCCAACAGAUGCAGUCGUAAAACUCAUGCAGGGUCAGUGAAUGUGAAACAUUUCCUGGACU